GACAAGCUUGAAGAUGGUCUAGAGGAAGCCCACGACUUUGCGAGAAUCAACCUCAAGAUUUCUGCCGAUAAUAUGAAGAGGAGGUACGAUGGACGAGCAACACACGACACCUACCAUGUGGGUCAAGCUGUUAGGUACUGUUUACCUAAGAGAAGAAAAGGGAUAACUCCUAAAUUUCUAAGCAACUGGGAUGGCCCUUAUGUUGUCAAGAGGAAGAUCAGUGACCAAAUCUUUGAGAUUCAACGUUCUCCAAGAGCUAAGCCGAAGAUAGUGCACAAGGACAGACUAUGUAAAUACAACAGAGAACCGCCUGAGUGGUUUGGUUCUAUAAUGGAAGAGGAAAGUAAGGCAGAUGAUGAGCUAAAACCUUCAGGUGAAAAUCAAGCAUCUCAAGAGAAAAAGUCUUCAGACCAAAAGAAGGAUUCAAGAUCAACCAUGACUUUUGGAGAACGUCGAAAAGAAGCAAUGAAAAUUAGAGCGAAGGAGAUAAUUACUGGACAUGCCCAACGACCAGGAAAAAGAGGAACAAAGAUCCCUUCCAAGUUUARCGAUUAUUAUUUAUAUUCUUGUCAUUUGGAUUCAAAGUAGAAGCGACGCUCACUUCUACAUGCUGUGAUUAUUAUUGGACAGUUAACUGUAUUUGAAAUUGCUAGCAAAUGAAAAAAAAAAAC